AUGUCGAAUAUGAUCAUCAAGAGUCAACUAAGAUCUAUAAGCUUACCUACAAGAUCGCAUCCGAGCACGAUCGGGAUCGAGGAAGCUCUUGACAAGGUUAAAGGGAUUAACACCACGACCGGUUCGUCAGAAUCAAUCUUGAUGGGUUUGGCUGGUUUGGAGGAGCUCUACAAUUGUACGGAGGAGUUUCUCAAAAUGGGUUCGACGCAACGUGUUAUGUCUUCUAAUGGAUCGGAGUUUAUGGAGGAGAUGCUCGAUGGGUCUUUGAGGCUAAUGGAUAUAUGCAGCGUCUCGAGGGAUCUCAUGGUGGAGACUCGCGAGCAUGUUCGCGUUGUUCAGUCAUAUGUUCGACGCAAGAAGGUAGCCGGAGGAGGAGGAGGAGACCAACUCGAUGUCGCUGUCUCAAGCUAUGUCGGAUUUAGAAAGAACAUGAGAAAAGAAGCUAAAAAACUUAUUGGAUCCUUGAAAAAAAUAGAUGGAGGGCCAUUUUCAUCAUCAUCGGCAAAUAAUGGCCAGCAAGAUGAAUGUCUUGUGGCCGUUAUAGAUGUGAUGAGGCAAGUAGUUUCCGUUAGUGUGUCGAUGUUGAAGUCGUUCUUGGACUUUUUGACGAGACGACAAAGUAACAUCAAGAGCAAGUUGGCUUCGGUACUAAAGAAAAAGAAGGAUCAUCAAGAGGAGACAAAUAACGAGCUGGAGAGUUUGGAUUCCGCUAUAUGCUACUCACGUGAUGACUUACAAAAUAAGCUUGAGGAGGUCGAGAGGAGUAUUGAUGGAUUCGAAAAGUAUCUAGAAGGUUUAUUUCGCAGGUUGAUAAGAACACGAACCUCGCUUCUCAACAUAAUCUCUCAUUAG